AUGUGUUUGUAUGAACAAUUCUCCUUCCCUGUGUGUUGCGGUCAUAUCGAAGAGAGAUUGAACAGCUACUGCCACUUCGCGCGUAACGACCCCCAACACUAUUGCGGGGAAAAGGCUAGAGUUAAAAGCUAUACUGAAGGAAGUCCAUGGCCUCAAGAGGGACCUUAUGAUUCCUGUAUCAGCACUGCCACUCAAGAGAAGAUGGAGGCAUGGGUGCCAGACCCUGUGAAGCGGAACAAGUUCAUCUUCCAAUUCCAUCUUAAUAUGAUGGAAGCUGCCCGUGAGCCUCGGAGAAAGGCACAGCAAGCGCAUUUUAUCAAGGUCAAGAAUGAUACUGCAUGGGUCUACAAAGAACUUCGAGAGAAGUGGAAGAAGGAUAUGGCAGCCGCAGAAAAGGCCGCCGAAGAGGGUGACAUCAGAACGCCUACACAGGAAGACUUCAUGAACGUUGAUCGCGGCGGAUCCUCUUCGCAAGGCGGAAACGCGUCUGGCAAGUAG